AUGCCCUCUGAAAAGAAUGGUGGCUGUGACCCCGAAGUAGCAGACUCGCCGCCUAUUUCGGGAACGGGCUUGAACAUUCCUUCACACAAGUCCUUGCAUGCAGGUGGAACCACACCUGCCUCCCCACCCGACACAUCGUCGCUAAAGCAGUAUCGCGCGCCUGUGCCGAAAGCCACCGCCCGCCCUCCGAUCCACCCAACUCACAUGCCUUCCACGAUAAGCCACCAGGCGAGCGCCAAGUUAGAUGCUUUGACAUUGGAAGAUAAUGAUCGGCCUAUAAAACCUGAAGAAGACCUCCAGCUGAGCCUAUUCCACCAAGUAUCUGAAUGGCUGCAAAAUGAGAAGUCUCGGCAAAAUGUUCACCAGGCCCGACGGGCUGAGGUUGGUUCAAAACAUAGAGAGGGCUCUGCCAGUAAUCAUCGAGCGUCGGAGGAACAUCACAAUAGUUCUGGAACUCGAUUGUCCCUCGACAAACUAGAGGAAAUCCUUGUGCAACACUCGCGCUCGCGCGGUACGGAUUCGUUGGAAGCCCUCCAGUCUGUAAAUCGGGCAGCUCGCCGCCGCCCCAAAGGUCUUCGCCGAGGCUCAGCUUCGGACUCCGAUUACACUGAUGUUGAUGCUCCUGUUCCCGGCGUAGAAGCUGUUCUUGAUAACUCCAAGACCCUGGCCUACAACUCAAGUGUCGCAGCAGAUGACGACGCUGUUGAUAGCAACACAUCCUCAAAGCGCUCUAAGGAUCGCCAGGCUUGGCAGAUCUUUAGAACAGAGAUCCUGCGCCUUGCGCAUACUUUACAACUCCGGGGCUGGCGUAAAGUACCGAUGGAGAAAGCCAAUGACAUUGAGGUUGUGCGUCUCAGUGGUGCGUUAACUAACGCGGUGUAUGUGGUUCAGCCGCCCAAGAACAUUCCUCCUCCGAAGCGUGACUCUACUUCCUUGGCCUCCAGGAAGCCUCCACCGAAACUUCUGCUUCGUAUUUACGGUCCUCAGGUUGAGCAUCUGAUCGACCGUGAGAAGGAAUUGCAGAUUUUGCGUCGCCUCGGUCGAAAGAACAUUGGCCCUCGUGUACUCGGAACUUUCAAAAACGGUCGAUUCGAGCAGUUUUUAGAGGCUCGCACGUUGACAGCGAAGGAUCUGCGAAUUCCCGAGACUGCUAAGCAUAUUGCCAAGCGAAUGCGUGAGCUUCAUGAUGGCAUCGAACUCCUCAAGGAGGAGCGGGAAGGUGGACCAAAAGUCUUCCAGGACUACGACAAAUGGGUGGAUCACUGUGAAAAGCUGACAACCUGGCUGGACAAAGAGGUGCAGUCACCGGAGAAUGAGGCCAAGGCGGCCACCGAAUCGUGGCGGCGGCGCGGUUAUGUUUUCGGCGUGCCAUGGGCGAUGUUCCGCAAGGCCGUGGAAAAAUAUAGGACUUGGCUUGUCGCUACCUGUGGUGGAAUGGAAGAGAUCAAGCGGCAGCUUGUGUUCGCCCACAACGAUACCCAAUACGGCAAUUUGCUUCGAAUGCAGCCUGCCACGGAAUCGCCGCUACUCCUGCCCGCGAAUGAGCAUAAGCAGCUUGUUGUCAUCGACUUCGAGUAUUCGUCGGCGAACACCCGUGGAUAUGAGUUCGCUAAUCACUUUACCGAAUGGUGUUACAAUUACCACGAUGAAGAGCACUCAUGGGCUUGCAACAAUCGUCUUUACCCGACCCCAGAGGAGCAACAUCGCUUCAUCUCAAAUUAUUUAACUCAUCGCCCUGCAAGCGUUGCUGUCGGACAUAUAUCGCCAGUCAUCUCUGGCCGCAAUGCACCCGCUAUCACCCCACUCGAUCUGGACGAAAACCCCGCAGAGUCCAGCUGGCACCAAGCCCAGACCACAGAGCAAGAGCUAGAAAAGGGAGUACGUGAUUUGAUGCAACAAACACGUCUGUGGCGUGUAAUCAGCUCAGUAAAUUGGGCGACAUGGGGUAUCGUCCAAGCCAAGAUACCGGGCAUGGAAGAAGGUAUUGCGAGGAUGACCGGUGCUUCAAGCGAUGAGCAAGGACUUAACGACAAAGAAGAGACCGUGACGCCCCCGGUGGCAGCGGAUGUUGAUGAGGAAGAGGGCUUUGACUACCUGGCCUAUUCCCAAGACAGAGCCAUGUUCUUCUGGUCUGAUCUACUGCAAAUGGGCCUGGUCAAACCGGAAGAGUUGCCGGCAGAAAUGGUGGAGCAUAUUCGCACACGUAUAGUCGAUUACUAA